ACAAUUAACCGGAGUAGAUUAUUUAUUUAGACGGUUUAAAUACAUAUAAAUUAUAAUAAUAUACUAAAUAUAUAGUAUACUAGUUUAAAUAUCAAGAUUUAUAAAUAAUAAAUUUAUAUGGAUUUAUAUAAUUUUAUUUUUCAUAAGAUGUUAUAAUAUAAUAUAUUAAUCAUCAUAAUUUACAAAAUCAAAAUCUGCGGUCUGUAUAUAUAAUUAAGGAAUUUUGGCAAAUACUCUUCUCUUUUUGUCAUGUAUAAGUAGACUUUUUUUUACAUACAAACAAAUUACAAAGUCUAUUUAUUUAUUAAAAAAAAGGAAAAUCUGUAUAUAAUAAAGGAAAAGUCGGUCAACUCAUGAUUUCCCUAAAACACCCUCGGGAUCACAAAGACGGUCAGGGGUAGCUUAGGCAUCUAUAUAUUAGGUUUACACCUCUAUAAGGUUCUCUAGUUUCAAAACCCAAGUCCGUCGCCUCUCACAGCUCCACCAACCACCUCUUUGAGAGAGAGAACCAAAUCAAUCUCCUUUGUUUCCCUGUCGGAACCAAACCAUUGGAUCUAAUCCCUAUAUCAAGAGGAGAAUGAGCGAUGACGAAUUGCAAGGGAGUACUGAUCCAGUGGACCUUAGCAACCAUCCUUCAGGGCUAGUCCCCACUCUUCAAAACAUCGUCUCGACGGUUAACUUGGACUGCAAGCUAGACCUAAAAGAGAUAGCUUUGAAAGCACGUAACGCCGAAUACAACCCUAAACGUUUUGCUGCCGUGAUCAUGAGGAUAAGGGAACCAAAAACCACGGCGUUGAUCUUCGCCUCGGGGAGAAUGGUCUGUACUGGAGCCAAGACCGAGUGCUUCUCCAAGCUGGCUGCUAGAAAGUACGCUCGCAUAGUUCAGAAACUUGGGUUCGACGCAAGGUUCAAAGACUUCAAGAUCCAGAACAUUGUAGCUUCUUGUGAUGUGAAGUUCCCUAUAAGGCUUGAGAUUCUUGCCGUCUCUGUUCACCGCGACUUCUUGAGCUACGAGCCGGAGAUGUUUCCAGGACUCAUUUAUAGGAUGAGAGAACCAAAGAUUGUGCUACUGAUCUUUGUGUCUGGGAAGAUUGUUAUCACUGGAGCCAAGAAGAGAGAGGACACUUUCAGAGCCUUUGAGAAUAUAUACCCGGUGCUCACACAGUUUAAGAAGAUAUGCAUUCAUAGGUAGGUCACUGAUCUUGGAGUUGCGAAACUAGUUGGCGUUGUCAACAUAUAUAACCACAAGUAUGAGAAAACUCAUAUGGUGUAAGAUUUGUUUUUUGGGGGUACCUUUGUGUUUUGGAUUCAACAAGAUUUUUAAUUGAUUUUGCAAGAAAAAACAAUCUUUCAGUGUCUUGUAAUAUCAAACCCCAUAUAAAUGAUCAUACAUAGUA